UUCCAAUAAGCCGAUAUCCCAGCAUCCUUUGCGCGUCGUCGACAGAGGGUACGUUUCCGGAGCGCACCGAGGACACAUCAAGAAACGUCCCAAGCAUCCUAUAGACUUGUGACUGAAGCUCAAGAAGAUGUCUGACACCAUCGAGGAGAAGAUCAAGAACUACAGGACGGCUCCCUUUGACGCCCGGUUCCCAAACACCAACCAGACCCGCAACUGUUUUCAGAACUACCUGGACUUCCACAGGUGCAAUAAGGCCCUGUCAGCCAAAGACCAGGAUGUGGCUCCCUGUGAUUGGUACCAGAGGGUCUACAAGAGCCUCUGUCCUAUGAGCUGGGUUGCCAGAUGGGACGAGCAGAUAGAGAAUGGAAGUUUCCCAGGGAAGAUCUGAAAUCGGAAGCCGUUAUUGAUCAGGACAGUCCACUGCAGGACAUUCUGUUACGUACAGCUCAGUAGUGAGCCUACAUCUUUGUCAGUGAUGCAACUGUUAUUAACUUUAAACACGCACAACUUUCCAUGUUAUGGUCUGAAGUUUCCCCCGUCUCAAUUGUAAACUACUCUUCAGCUGUGUUUAAUCAAUAAAUACAGUGCACAUUUAAUUAAAGGAUGUUGUUAAUUA